UACUGGGGGAACAGAGUAACACACCAGACGGAGCCAGAUGUGUCUGUGUAGGAUGUCUGCAGGACAGACAGUUUGAUGUUCACACUGUCCGUUGUUGUUGUCUGUCUCACUUUUAGAGGAUCUUUUGUUUAGCGCACCCAGUGAAUGACCGUUGACCUGAACUGAAUGAGAGUCCGUGGUAUGGGUCAGAGCUUACGGUUUAUGCCUCUCAGAGACUGUGGUGUGUAGUGUGUGUGUGUGUGUGUGUGUCUGUGGACGUAUAUGUGUUUGUGUACACAUCCGCAGUGUGAGUGACAGUGCAGCUGGUUGAGACAUGAGACUGGUUGAUCUAAAGGGGGAGCAGCAGGGCCUCUCACUGGCCCAGCUCUGCUCUGCCUGGUGUAAUUAGUUCUUAUGGAAUACCUGGGGCCUGGGCUCCAUGCUGGCUGACUUGUGUGCUGCUGAAUCACAUGGAGCAAUGGCCGGUGGUAGCUGGUCCCCUUCAGGAAGGUGAGGUACCGGAGGUCCCUCCGCCCCCUCUGGACAUCGAGGGGUCCCCGGCGUACACAGUACGAGCUAUUCUGGACUCGAGACGCCAGGUGAGGGGCCUGCAGUACCUCGUGGACUGGGAGGGGUACGGUCCGGAGGAGAGGUGCUGGGUACCGGGGAGAGACAUUUUAGAUCCUUCCCUCUUGGUUGAUUUCCACCUCCGCCACCCGGAUUGCCCUGCGCCUCGCCCCCCGGGUCGUUCUCGAGGCCGGGGUCGGCGCGCUGCGGGAGCCGUGCGUCAGAGGGGGGGUACUGUCACGAAUCCCGCCGAAGAUGGUGCCUCUUCCUGUUCGGGUGGCGCUCGGCAGUCGUUGUCACCGGCCUACUAGCUGCCAUCGAUUCCCUUCUUUUUGUUUCUGUUAGUUUGGGCUGAUUGGGUGCACCUGUUUUGAGUGUAGUUUUGUGGGUAGGCUAUUUAAGGGCAGUAGGCCCGCUGGCUUUUGUGCGGGCUUGUUCUCUGUUAUUUUGGUGUUGGAUUUUAUGUGGAUUCUAUAUUUUCCGAACAGUUUAGUCCUGUGUGUUUGGACUGGUAUUUUCAUGCGCCCGUGUGUUUGGGCAUGAUCGUUUUCCCUGUCUACAGGAAAUAAAUAUCCACGUUCUUGAA